UGCAUGCAAGUUCUCACUCCACACCCGAAAGACAAUCCUAGAAAAAGAGAGAACGAUAUGAAAGUUGCUAAUUUGCUAGGAGCUUUUGCUCUCUUGGCUCUGGCUUCCUCAUUUGCCUUUGCCUAUGACCCCAGCCCCCUUCAAGACAUAUGUGUAGCCAUAGAUGAUACAGACUCUGCUGUGCUUGUCAAUGGGAAAUUUUGCAAGAAUCCAAUCCUUUACACUCCUGAUGAUUUCUCGUUUUCAGGGCUUGAUGUUCCUGGAAACACAUCAAAUCAACUUGGAGUGCAUGUUAAUAUAGUGACGGCCGAUCUAUUGCCAGGACUUAACACUCUUGGUAUAUCUAUGGCACGUAUAGAUUUUGCUCCAAAUGGUGGCCUGAAUCCUCCACACCAUCACCCUAGAGCGUCAGAGAUUCUACUGGUUUUGGAGGGCACUCUUUAUGCUGGUUUUGUCACGUCAAACCCUGAUCAUCGUCUCUUUGCAAAGAUUCUAAAACCAGGAGAUCUCAUUGUGUUUCCAUUUGGCCUCGUUCACUUUCAGUUGAAUAUUGGAAAAACUCCAGCAAUUGCUAUCGUUGCAUUAACAAGUCAAAAUCCAGGAGUAGAUACAGUAGCAAAUGCAAUCUUUGGAGCCAGUCCCCCUAUUAAUCCUGCUGUCAUCACCACAGCAUUCCAUUUGGAUAGAAAACUUGUGGAGGAUCUCCAGACUCAAGAAUGGGUGAACCCUACAUAAAUACCUUGUGAAUUUCCCUUAUUUGAUAAUAAGGCAGUACUCAAAGCCUGGGUCUCUGCAUAUAGCUCUAUGCCAUUACCAUGCUGUGAUGUAAAUAAGGAAGUGGCUGUAUACCUCUUUGUGUGUAUAUUUGUGUACGUUAUAAUCCUAAUGGUUUUGUUAAGUUAAUCA